AUGGUCCUGCCAUUGGAUGGAAAUUGGGGCGCCCCCAUCGCCGGCGUCAAACAAUCAAGGAAUCGACCCCAGGGCAUCCAGCCGCGCAAAGGCAGUUCUCGAAAGCGCGCAACCAGGCGCGCCGAACGCAAUCGCCCGCAUCCAACUACACCCAGCGAGACACCAUAUCCACAAGAUUCGCCAGCGCCUAUGCAGAGCAGAGGUCGCAAGCGCAAGCAAUCAGUCGGGCACGCGCUCGAGGCCAGCCCAGACCUAGACUUAAACCCGAAGCGACAACGGACAUCCCCUCCACGCCCUACCGAAGACGCAUUUGGCGAGCCAGCGAUUACCAGCGGCGCCCACAAACACACUAACCCGGUUGCUUUCUGGGUGAAGCAAGGGCGCUGGCCAGAGGAACAGGACUGGCCAGAAGAGACCUCAAGGACGGGUUUUACAUUGGACCGUCUACUACUUGCGCGGAAGAAAUCCUUGUCCACCCUGUCCCGGAAGCGAUCGAACUCUGCUACAUCCACGACGCCCAGCGACCAGAAGCCGAGGGAGGAGAAGAGUGCGCCGUAUAGGGACGCGCGAUACCCGCUCCUGCUCCAGACUAAGGGCUCAUAUAUGGAUAUCUCUGAGCUUGGUGUUACCAAUACGAGCAAGCAACUUAUUAGGGACCUCCUUAGCGAUGGGCAGUCGGUUCCUCAGGGGACCCUCUUCGACGACGAUAUCUUCGUGGAUGCUUGUCGCAACCUCGAGAAUAAGAAUGAGGCGAGGAUCAUUCAAGAUAUCUCAAGGCUUAUCGUUCCUUCGGCGGAAUCGCUCGCACUCCGGAACAAGAACUAUAAACGCCUUGUCGAGAGCGUCAACGAAGGGUGGAACAACUCGAUCCCUCUCACAAACACCCGUCCACAGCCUGACUACUCCGUUGGGUUCAAACGAGACGCAUUCACCGAGGACCAGCUCGCCAAGCUAUCGCCAUUUAUUGGCGACUUUAUCGCCGGGGACCAGUCCUUCUUCAUGGCCACGUACUACAUGUACUUCCCGUUCCUGACUUCCGAGGUGAAAUGCGGCGCCGCGGCGCUCGACAUCGCAGACCGGCAGAAUGCGCACAGCAUGACCCUUGCGGUACGGGCCAUUGUUGAGCUCUUCCGUGCUAUAAAGCGCGAGGAUAGAGUCAACCGGAAGAUCCUCGCCUUCUCUGUCUCGCAUGACCAUAGCUCGGUCCGCAUCUACGGCCACUACCCGGUGAUAGCCGGGAAAGACAUCAAGUACUACCGCCAUCCGAUCCAUAAAUUCGACUUCACCGCGCUUGACGGAAAGGACAGAUGGACGGCAUAUCGAUUCACGAAGAACGUCUACGACACAUGGAUGCCCAAGCAUUUCGAGAACAUCUGCUCUGCCAUCAACCAGUUGCCGUCGGAUUUGGACUUUGAUGUCCCACCACUUUCUGGGGCGACCGGGCUUUCCCAGGAUUUAGGAAAUCUGGUGCAGUCGGGUUACUCCGGUUCUGCUGGCGAGCAGGACAGCCAGUCGAGUAUCGCCGAGCAGCAAGCGGUCACUCCAGACACCUCAUUCAGUGGGGGAGCAAAGAGGAGGAAAGGCCGGAAGUUGGCGGAGGGAUAG